ACAACGGGAUUCCAGCCGUCCCAGUCUCCUAGAGCGGCUCCGUCACACUCUUCCCGGGCCGGACCCACCCGUCCCUUCCGGUUCCGGGCCCUGGCCUGGACCCCGAACAUGGGCUUGCUGGAGGGCUGCGGGCUGGAUUUCUCCUCUCUUCUUUCUCCCGGCGAUGCCUGCGCACUGAGUGUGGCUGCCCGGAGCCCCGGGCGCUGCCCCCAGAGCCGAUUUUAGAUCUCUCAGUUGGUUGUGAUCUCCCUGAUGGAGCAAAGGGAAAAGUUGUUGGUACCAAAUCUUGAGGGCUCCAAGGAGAAAAAGAUCUUGAGAAGCUCUUAUACAGAGAAUAAGAACAGCCUGGAAACUCUUGCCCAGAAGUAUCCUAAAGAUGAGGAACCUAAAGAGAUACCAUCAGAGUGGUCUGAGAAAGAUGUUCCCCCAAACAUUGAGCAUGAGAAUACUAAAGAAAUUCCAUUAGGAAAGAACAAAGGGAUCAGGUUCUGGAGUUCUGAGUGGAAAAAUACUCAAGAAAAUAAUUGCAAAACAGAAACUCAGUGGGGUAAGCCUAUAGGACAACAAAGUAAAUCUAUUUCCUGGGAAUGGGGCUCCAGAAAAAACAUUGCCAUUACUAUCCAUCAGUCACUACCCAAAAGAGAAAAAUCCCACAAGUGUCUGGAAUGUCAGAAGAGCUUCAAUAACAUCUCUCACCUUCGAACUCAUCAAAGGACUCACACAGGAGAAAAGCCUUAUAAAUGUUUGGAGUGUGAGAAAUGCUUUAGUAACAGCUCCCAUUUGAUUCAGCAUCAGAGAAGUCACACAGGAGAAAAGCCCUAUCAAUGUAACAAGUGUGGGAAAAGCUUUAGCAGUACCUCACACCUUAUUAUCCAUGAGAGAACACACACAGGAGAGAAGCCCUAUAAAUGUCCAGAAUGUGGGAAGAGUUUCAGUAGCAGCUCACAUCUUAUUCAGCAUCACAGAUCUCAUACAGGAGAAAAACCUUAUGAAUGUCCUGUGUGUGGGAAAUGCUUCAGUCACAGCUAUGUCCUAAUUGAGCAUCAAAGGACCCACACAGGAGAAAAGCCCUAUAAAUGUCUUGAUUGUGGGAAAAGAUUUAGUCAGAGUUCUAGCCUUAUUCGUCAUCAGCGCACACAUACUGGUGAGAAACUCUAUAAAUGUCUUGAGUGUGGAAAAAACUUUGGUUGUAACUCUACCCUCAUAAAGCAUCAGAGAAUUCACAAAGGGGGAAAACCACAUAAAUGUCCAGAAUGUGAGAAAAAUUUUAGCUGCAUUUCAAACCUUAUUACACAUCAAAAAACACACAUAGAAGAGAAAUCCUAUGAGAGUACAGAAUUUGGUGUAAAUUUGAAUCACAGUUGUAACUCAGUAGAAUGCCAGAGAACUCAUCCAGGAGAGAAAAAAUAUAAGUGUGAGUGUGGGAAAAGUUUCAACCUUAGUUCAAACCUUAUUAGACAUCAGAGAACACACACAGGAGAAAAACCCUAUAGAUGUCCUAAGUGUUGGAAAACUUUCAGUCAAAGCUCCACACUGGUAAUUCACCAGAGAAUACAUACAGGAGAGAAACCAUAUAAAUGUCCUGACUGCGGGAAAGGUUUCAGUCAAAGCUUUAAUCUUAUCAGACACCAAAGGACCCAUAUAAGAGAAAAACCUUAUAAAUGUACUGAUUGUGAGAAAUCUUUCAGUCGUAGUGCUCAUCUCAGUCAGCAUCAAAAAAUGCACGUAAGAGAAACGCUCUUUCAGUUCCCUGAAGUUGAGGAAAAUUUUACUCAUGAAUGGACCUAGAAAAGCCGGGGAUUAGGAGAGGAGGAGAAGGGACAUGGACUUCAUUCACUUAUUUCCAAUUUCCAUAUCUCUUUCCUCAUGAAAGGAAGUUUGUUGUGAACUUUUCCUUUUAUUGAACCAUCAUAAUUAGGAUCUAGUAAAAAUUAGUUUACUGUUGAAUUUCUUUGGCUAAUCAUCAACUAUGAAAAAGAAAGCUAAGACCACUCUGCUUAGAAGAUGCAAAGACUCAAACCAACCAGGUCACGGAUCUUCCCAAUGACAAACAGCACCAAGAAUGGAAAGAAAACAAUUCUUUAUUUAAGGUAAGACAGAAAUAGUUCAGAUUAAUCCUAAAAACAAAUUUUAAGAAAAAAUAAACCUUAAAUCUUUUUUGCUUAAUUUUGCAUUUGAGGUAUAGGCAAACUGUUAUUUAUUCCAGAUGCCUUGCUGAUAAAAUGAUUCUGCUAAAGGACAGUGUGGUAUUUCUGGAGUUGGAGAAGUUGCUGACGCAAAAAAACUGUUAUAAACUUGAGCAGUCUUGUUCCUUGAAAAUUAGCUCUUGUAGAAUGUGACACAAAGUAAAUCAUAAAUAAAUACUAGAUAAAUCAUAUUUAUCAGCAAAGAUCUUUCAUGAGGCUGUAGGAAAUCUAGAACUAAAGGUUUUGUUCUCUAUUAUACUGUCUAGAGUAACAGAGUGUGUUAUAGAACAUUGGAUUGUAGGGCAGAAUACUACAGGGUCUUUUUAGUCAAUUAGGUUAGCCUAUAACCUUUUGAGAUGUAUUGCCACUAUAGCCCAGUAUCCCUAUCAAAAAGAAGCAAGAUUAGGAGCCUGAAUUCUUUUCUUGUAAACUAAGUUAUUAAUAGCUAGUAUUUUCUCAUCUCUGUGUCUUGCUUUUUGUAUUGUAUGGAGAUUUAGUGAAAUUGAGAACUAGGUUCUUGUAGCUAGCUCAAUGACUUAUGUCAAAUGGACAGAAUUCCAUUAUUAUUGGAGUAAAUAUUGCUUUAUCAGGUCCUAAUAAUACUUGUACCUCUGGUCUUCCUAAAAAAAGAAGCAGAGAACUGUGAUUUUUCCAUCUUUCCCUGUCCUAAAUAAGGACUUUUAUGGAAAAUAUAAACACUCACUUUGCUAAAUCUUUGCUUAUCUGUUGCAAAUGUAUAAAUGAUAAAUGUAGGUGAGAAGCCCCAAUUUAUAUCUUAAGGAGUCCCAAAUAUAUUUAAAAAGGAUUGAGGUGAAAAUUUAAAAUUAGGCAGAAGCAAGUUGAACUAUAGUAUUCCCAGAGAAACCCCUCCUUUUGCCAUAUUGAAAUGCAGCGGUCCCAUGUGAGCAACUCAGUUACACUGGAAUUGCUGCACACUCCCUUCUCACUGAGAUGGAGAUGAUACUGGGUGGUGACUGUAUUGUGAUUUUUUAAAUUGUCAAAUGAUGAAAACCAUUUCAAAAACAAGUCAAAUAAAGAUAUUUAAGAUGUGUUUCUUUUUUGAUAAAUUUGCUGCUUGCAGAGGAUGGAGAAGUAUUAGUGGGAAUAAAUUAUCUCAGUUUCAAUGAUUUAUUCCUUUCUAUCAUAGCUUUACAAAUGGUCCAUUACCUACAAGUCCUCCACUUUUAUGAUCAAGAAUUCUAAAAUUUCUUUAUCGAUUCAUAGCCUGUUAUAAUUCCUUCUCCCUCUGUAUCACCCCUCCUAAAUCCAUUAUUUGACUUUAAAUAGUCUCUGGUCUCUUCAUUCCUCAGUACCCCUCCAGGUUAUUAUCCCAUUUUGAUUUAUUUUCCUUGCUCAACAUUACUCUGUUGUCUACUUUUGAAUCCAUCUCUUUUUUGUUCUAUUGCUGAUCAUGCUUUUCCAAAUUCCAAUUAUGAUUUAUUU